AUGAAAUUGUAAAAUAUUCGAACUAUUGAUUUCAGCAAGGCGAACAAAUAGAUAAAGGAUCUAUCUCAUAAAUUUCUACAGAGCAAGAUGCUAAGAAAGAACAAGGAGAAUUUUAAUCCAAAUAGUAGUAAUUAGGAUGGUGGAGCAAAAUUAUUAUUAGAAGCCCUUUAAAAACCAAUAUUGAGAAAUCUAAGAGAUUUGAUAAGAAUUAAAGAAUCAGUAGUUUGUGAGAGAAAUAUAUUUGAUGAAGUAUGUUCAAUGGGUGUAAGUGAAAAUAGUGACAUAGGUGAGGGAUUCAAGAUUUCUUUUGCAAAUUUGAGUAUCAAAUAAGAAAGUAUAGUUGAUUGUGAGAGUAUUCAACCUACGAAUGCACCAAUAUUAUUAUUUAUGGUGAUUUAAAAUAUUAGAAGGAAGAAAAUGAUAAUCUCAUUUUAAGAAAUCAAAUUUUUCAUACUUUAAAGAAACUUAAGCUCCGUAAAUAAAAGACUUCAAUAUGCAAAAUAAGAAUAAUUGCGUAAGAUUAUUGUUAACAAAACAAAGUAGGAAUAAUUGUUACUUUAAGUAUACUUGAAGUAUUGGUCAUAAUAAACACAACUGUUAAUAUUUUUUGAUCAUUUUGGUUCAAAGAUAAAGAAAAUAUACAAAAAUAAAUUAAAUGAAUAUUUAAUUGUUAUGAGAUAACAAAUAAUUAAAAGAGAAGCAGCCUAAAAAAUAUUUGGGGUGAUUAAUAAAAAAUUAUUUGAAUAUGGACAAAAUUUGAAUAGAAUGAAAAACAAUUUGCAUUUGUAAAAUUGUAUAAAGAAGAUGAUUGUAAAAUAAUUGAGAUGUUCAUUUUAAUAAUUACAAUAGAUUAGGUCUAGAUCUCCAGUUAUUUUUGAAUUAUUAAAUUAAUUAAGAGAUAAUUAAUUGAGAGAGAGUUUAAAGAUUUUUAAGUUACAUGUAUUAAGAUAAAAAAGAAGGAAUAAAUCAUUUACAUAUGGUUUUGAAGAUUUGAAUAAAAUAAUGAAUAAAUUAGAUUAUAAAUUUGGUUUUAAUAAGCUGCAAAAUAAAAAUAAAAAUAAAAAAAUAAAAAUAAUGCUUCCAACAAAAUAUUUAAUAAUGAUUCUUAAGAAAUUAGAGGAUAGACAAAAAAAUUGGGUUUUACGAAAAUUAAAUUAAUGA